AUUGUAUUUAAAAUGUCAAAACACCAACUAAUGAAAUUUGAAAUCUUCUCUUGGCCUAAAAUCUCUCAUGGAUUGUUCGACUACCAGAACAAGGACUUCUGCUUAUGAAAUAUAAAGACAACACUAUCUUCACAAAUAUUCCUGAGAGUCGAGAAUACCGUGGUGCAUCUCAGCACUUUUGUUGAUGCGAAAUAAAUACAAAGAUGAUCACGCUAAACAAUAUAAGAAACGUAACAGCCAAGAAGCCUGAACCUUCCUAUUUUGCUUGCUUUAUAGUGAAAAUAAGCUGCAUAUUUAUAGCUACAACCAGCUACAGGUUAUUCUUGACUAUUUCGAGGACGAUACUCCCCUCACUGAAAUCGACAGCCAACUUUGUAGCCUUUUCGCAGGUUAUUUUAAGGCUGGUGAAGCCAAGGAAGUGUUGGCAUUUCUAGGAGCUGAGCCAUUCUCGAAAGAUCUUUGGAGAGUAGCCAAGACACUUGAUUGGAGAAAAGCCCAUAAAGGCUCUAAACUAGUUUCCCAAGGAGUCGAAAUAAACAAUGGAAAUAUAAUCAAAAUGGGAAGGCUGAAGAUGAGGCUCAUGUCAAUGAGAUUGCAAGAUCAAAAUGAGCAAAUCAAAAGCAAAGAGCCGGUAGACUUGCCAAAAGUUCCUUCUCUUAGCUAUGAGGAUGGACCGGUUGACUUGAAAGAUGUCAGCAUUGCAAUGAGCGAUCAAUCUGAAGAAAUCCCACCAUGAAGAUUCUGUUUGAGCAAUGUGAUGGAUGACAAGAAUAAUCCUCUGAUAAAUCCAUGAAACUGCAAAGGUACGCAAGGAUUGCUUCAUCUUGAUUGAUUAAAAGCUUGGAUGGAGUCUGGCCGAAAUCACAAAGUCUUCAGCCAAUACUCAGAAAUGUAUACAUGGAAGACUCUAAAUUGUGAGUUAUGCAAAAGCCCGUAUCCUUUCAAAGUCUGAUUUGGAGGGAAGACUGAAAGCCUUCUUGAUUACAAGUUGCCAGAUGGUGAAUACAUGGCUUUUGAAACAUUUUUAAAAGAAGGAUCAGACAAAGCUACUUCUAAAUCAGUCUACAUCCUUAGAAUCCCAUUAAUCCGUAACUACCGAGUUGGUCGAAGUCACGAUGUUGAAUUCCACAUCGAAGAUAUUUCAGUUUCAAGAUUUCAUGGUGAGAUCCAGGUCACCAAAGACAAAGUUUUUAUGCAAGAUUACAAAUCAAAGUACGGAACUCAGAUACUAAUAAAAAGAGAGCAAGUUCUGGAUCAGAAUGACUGUACUAAGAACAUGUUCCAGGUAGGAAGGGCAUGGAUGAUGGCCUCUUUCGUGAAGAAGUCUAAGGUAGGCUUCUUCCCUUGCUGCUUCUCAGCCCCCAAGGCUACGAACUCAAUUGAACGAAAGAACUCAAAGUUAAAUAACUCUGCUAAAAGACAAGAUACCCAUGGAAAUAUGCUGGACAGCCAACUAUUCGAUAAGCUAGAGCAAGACAUUGAAGAUCUUCAGAAAGAUCGGGAUAGUGUGUUUUACCUUGAUGAUGACUUUUACAAUAAGCUUAUCGGAAUUUAUAUUAACAAAGAUGAGAAGAGACCUAACAAAAGAUCAAUAGAGGUCUACGAGAACAGAGAAACUAUUGAUGAUGUCUGGGGAGGCGAAUAUAAACAAGAAGAGUCAGAUAACUCUCCCGACUCAUCAAGCAACAAUAACUCUGAUGACAGCGAUGAUGACUCUGCUCGAAGCGAAAACUCCCAAGAAAGUGAUUCUAUGGGUAUAAAUGAGCAAUCUGCGGAAGGAAUUGGCAUUGAAAACCAGAAAAGCAAUAUGCUAUCCAAACAAGAGAGUAUGGUUAGAGCUAUCCCAAAAUAA